UCAGCGAGCUCUGCCUCUCCCAGGAGCACGUCAACGCAUUGUUUCCGAGGAUCCAAGAGAAAAAGUCCAUUGUUGUUGCGAAGUUUUUAAUCUGGGGAUUUAAAGCACAUCACAUGCUCAGACUGGGCAGUGGGGCCCUCCACCACAGCAGGCAAUCUACUGCAAAAAGAAAAAAAAAAUCCACGUCGGGGAGGAAACUAUUCAUCCCGAAAGGAACUGCGAAACAUUUUAUACACACUGCAAUGCCUGCGCGCUUUCUGGGAGUGUAGGGUCGCCGGAACAGUGUGUUUAAAAAGUCCGACCGGGAAAGGGAAACUGUUUAUUCUCUGGAGAAACCUGACCGCUGGACGUUCAGGAUAAACAUGUCGCUCAAGUACAGCCAGCGGUCUCUGAUAGUUCUGUCUUUACUGGGGAUUUUAUCGGCCAUCAUGUCAGUUUUAUCGGUGAUUUUGAUUUUCCAGCUCCAGUCUCAACAGGUGGCAGUGAAGGAGUCUCCCCCCUCCACCUCCUCGAUCGUACCCGCUCAUGUCUGGGCCGUCCUGCUGCCUGUCUCCACGGUUCUCUCUGCUCUGUCCCUCACCCUCCAUUUGAGCUCUGUGGUGGUGUGUCUCCUCCACAGCUAUUUUUCUACAGAGGUCUGCAGAGGAGAGCAGGAUACUGACAGAGCAGACUGGUUUCUUUUAGACAGCAGAGCUGUACGACAUGUGGCUAUUGGACUCUUCUGCCUGGGCGUUUCUGUCUAUUUGGCAGCCAUGUCCAUUUUUAUGCUCCUGAUAUUUGAGGUGGAGACAGGCAUCGCAAGUGCUUGUGUACUCUCCUCGGGGAUCGUAAUUCUACUGGUCAUUGUGAUCCACUCUCUGGUCAGAGCUUCCCAUAGUUCAAAGCAAUAUCACGGUGACCAUCUCGACACCCUCUACCAGAACGACCACGGCAGCAGCAGUACACCUGUCUCCCGACCCUGCGAGCUCAAAAUUGGAGUGGACAAACCGCGGAUGCACCGCAGUCAGUCUCACCUCCAGCAUCCGAUCUCAUACCCUCACGGCAGCAACCCGAGGCAGCGAGAACAGCACCAGCAGUACUCUCCGGCUGGAGGCUCCCAAGGCCACGCUAGCGAUAAAGACGGUUACAGCAGUGGUGGCAGUUGUCCCAGAAUGCACAGGACCCUGUCUACUGAAUCUGGUUUACUGCAGGCCCAGGCUAAACCCUGGAAUGGGGUCAACAAUGAGAUGAGGAGUGUCCUUGCACGCAAGUCUGGGAUUUCUGCAAAAGACUCUACUCUCGUGUGACGUGAAGGAAGCCGAGCUUGUGGUUAAAGACACUGAUUAGAAAGACACACUGGGAUGAUCAUCCCAAACAGAUGUAGAACUGUCAAGCUGUACCCUUUCACACUCUGCGUGUUUAUGCUGACUGACUGAAAACCACACAGCUCAGAGAUUUAAAAAACAAAACAAAAACAAAAACAUAAACAAGUUGUCACUUUUAUCAACUUAUUGCUCUAGCUUGAACUAUAAAGCAUUUUUAAUUUGAUUUGAAAAUACAGAGCACAACUUUUGUAUAAUUUGUAGUGUUUUGUAUGAAUGAACGUGAUUUAAAUCGUAUUAUAUACACCAAUGCCAAGUUGACCAAGUAUCAAUGCUGCAAAUUUAUAGCUUUCAUUGUAAUAAUGUAAAUACUUUAAUCUGCUGUAUAUUGUGGCCUUUUGUCAAAUAUUUGUGCAUAAUUUGCUGAUGUGUUUUGUUAAGUGUUGUUAAAAGCUAUUUCAUAUCAACUUCAAAUUAAUUAAUUUGAGAAAACACACUAAAGUUUCAAAGUAGGAUGUUUUUCAAGGCAUCAAUAAGAAGGCAAAAACUUUAAAUGACAUUCCAUUAAUUUCUGAGAGAGACUGAGUCAAAAUACUGGCCUGAAUGUGCUUCUAUCUUGCCUGGAGGAACCACUAACCUUGGACACCUCUGUCCAGAGGUCAUGAGGAAGUAGAUGGGGCAUGUGGAGCAGAGACAAGGGGACUGGGACAGGGGGUCACAUCAUGUAAGCUUCAUGCAGGUUUCAGUGGGAAGCAAAAAAAAAAGACAAAAGGCACAGAUAAAAGACAAAAUAAAAUAAAACAAGAAGCUCCCAUUAACCACAAAGAGUUCAGAAUAGGACUGAUCAAUAUUUUGCAGUUACUGGGGGUAUAAAUUGGCAGAAACUGAAAGAAAAAAGUUAAAUUAGCUGAUGUCCCAAAAUAUUAACUGAUACAAAUGAGGAAUUAAAUGUAAAACAAACCAACACAAAGCUAAAAGAUGAACAAAUGUGUCAUGUGGAGCAAAGAAUCAAUACAAGCAGUACAAAACAGACACUGGGGGUGUCCGGGGGGAGGGGUCACAUUCUAUAAUAUUCUGAUUUGUUCAAAUAUUGACAAUAAUUAUGUCAAUGACUGUAUUUGAUUUGGAAAAAUAACUGUGUAUGAAAACCAACUCCAAUGACUACUGUCCCUCUUCCAAAUCAUUAAAACACUGCUGAUGAAUGGCAAA